AGCCCGGGGAAAAGAAGCUUGAACGGAUUUAGAAUUGUACCUGUUUUGCUACUCAUCCAGAUUAAAAAGCCCGCUCCCCAACUUGACUGUCGGGAAACAGUGUGAUUUAGAAGAGACAACUGUAAAUAAGACCAUUGAGUGUGUCAGUGUAUCAUCGGCCAGCGUACGUAAUUGUACUUUUUCAGAAACGGUCAUUGUGCAACACCAGAAAUGAAUUCUCCUACGAUUAAACAACCAAACAUCUCUACAACAUUUCCUUACUGCGAUUGUUCUACGCAAGAGGACCAUGAUUCUAAUUCAAGUCCUUGUCGAUCCGCCGAUCAUUGGCGGUAUGCCAUCAGCAACAUUCGGAAAUCGUUGUUCAAUUCCUCCAGCUGUGCGAUUCCUUCACCGGCUUCCCAUUUAAUGCAAUACGAACGAGAAUUACGCAAAUCGCGCAACAAUCAGCCACUAACACAAUACCAAGAAGGUCGAUUUGGACAACCUUUAUAUAGCUUUAAUUCAGAUCCGUUAGCUAGUCGGGAUAUAUUUGAGUAUAGAAUAAGUCGCUCCGAGCAUUUGAUCUUGCGAUUACUACAGUUCUUUGCCAUGCAUGGAAAAACACACUCGUAUGUUCGUAUAUCACCAGGCAUAUUCCUUGUGCAAAAAUAUGAAGAGUGUCGGACCGAAUUCCCAUCGCCUCGAACGAUUUCCAACGCGCUUGAUUUUUUUGGGCAAAAUUGUGCACCCAUUGAUACACUCACUUUUAGUGAUUUAUAUAACAGUAUAAUGCAACAGAGAACGCAACCACGACUUCUCAGCAAUACGUUUAUACCCUACACGUACACUUUAGGUGUACGCUUUACAAAUCCAUACAAGAAAAUGCGUGAUGUGCUUGUUCGAGGUAACAUUCCUCUUUGGUGCCAAACAUUAUUCAUCACAGAAUGUGUGCGUCUUUUACCAAUAGAACAAGGCAUGACCUUGAAAGGUAUCCUACCUUUUGCUAAAGACGUUGAAUUUACUUUUGGAUCACUGCAGUUUGAUGAUCCCUAUCCAGACCUUUUAAUCAUGUUUGAACGGUUUGCGAUGGAAUUGAGUGAUCCACACAUGAUGUACGAAGUUCCACCCAACGAACUAUGUCGUUGGAAAAAUAGACAAUUAAAUAUACUAGAUGGUGUCUUGUAUUGCGAAAUACCAGAUGAAACAGCAAUGCUAGUUACAAAUUUAGCUGAUGCAUGGGCUACAAGUCAAGGCAUGAAUAUAUAAGUUUAUUAAAUAAAGAAAAAAAAAAAGGCUAUUUCUUUUGGAUUAUAGUAGCUCUAUUGUAGUAGGGAAUUUCAAGGUAUUUCAUUUGGCCAUUUAAAUCCAUGCCAACCACUUUCUUUUGAUGAACU